CGCCCCCGCCCACCCCGGCCCUCCCGGGCUGCUGCUCCCCGGCGGAGGCAAGAGGUGGUUGGGGGGGACCAUGGCUGACGUUUUCCCGGCCAACGACUCCACGGCGUCUCAGGACGUGGCCAACCGCUUCGCCCGCAAAGGGGCGCUGAGACAGAAGAACGUGCACGAAGUGAAGGACCACAAAUUCAUCGCCCGCUUCUUCAAGCAGCCCACCUUCUGCAGCCACUGCACCGACUUCAUCUGGGGGUUUGGGAAACAAGGCUUCCAGUGCCAAGUUUGCUGUUUUGUGGUACACAAGAGGUGCCAUGAGUUUGUUACUUUUUCAUGCCCGGGUGCAGACAAGGGACCCGACACUGAUGACCCCAGGAGCAAGCACAAGUUUAAAAUCCACACUUAUGGGAGCCCUACCUUCUGUGAUCACUGUGGGUCGCUGCUGUAUGGACUCAUCCACCAAGGGAUGAAAUGUGACACCUGCGACAUGAAUGUUCACAAGCAGUGUGUGAUCAACGUCCCCAGCCUCUGCGGGAUGGAUCACACAGAGAAGAGGGGGCGGAUUUACCUGAAGGCAGAGGUCACCGAUGAAAAGCUCCAUGUCACAGUACGAGAUGCAAAAAAUCUAAUCCCUAUGGAUCCCAAUGGGCUCUCUGAUCCUUAYGUGAAGCUGAAACUUAUUCCUGACCCUAAGAAUGAAAGCAAACAGAAAACCAAAACCAUCCGCUCCACGCUGAACCCCCAGUGGAAUGAAUCCUUCACGUUCAAACUAAAACCUUCAGACAAAGAUCGACGACUGUCCGUAGAAAUCUGGGACUGGGAUCGAACAACAAGGAAUGACUUCAUGGGAUCCCUUUCCUUUGGAGUCUCGGAGCUCAUGAAGAUGCCAGCCAGCGGAUGGUACAAGUUGCUUAACCAAGAAGAAGGUGAGUACUACAACGUGCCCAUUCCAGAAGGGGACGAAGAAGGAAACGUGGAGCUCAGGCAGAAAUUCGAGAAAGCCAAGCUUGGCCCUGCAGGUAACAAAGUGAUCAGUCCUUCUGAAGACAGAAAACAACCUUCCAACAACCUCGACAGAGUGAAGCUCACCGACUUCAAUUUCCUCAUGGUGCUGGGGAAGGGGAGUUUUGGGAAGGUGAUGCUUGCUGACAGGAAGGGAACAGAAGAACUGUAUGCCAUCAAAAUCCUGAAGAAGGAUGUGGUGAUUCAGGACGACGACGUGGAGUGCACCAUGGUGGAGAAGCGGGUCCUGGCCCUGCUUGACAAGCCCCCAUUCCUGACGCAGCUGCACUCCUGCUUCCAGACGGUGGAUCGGCUGUACUUUGUCAUGGAGUACGUCAAUGGCGGGGACCUCAUGUACCACAUUCAGCAAGUAGGAAAAUUUAAGGAGCCACAAGCAGUAUUCUAUGCAGCAGAGAUUUCCAUUGGAUUGUUCUUUCUUCAUAAAAGAGGCAUCAUUUAUAGGGACCUGAAGUUAGACAAUGUCAUGCUGGAUUCCGAAGGACAUAUCAAAAUCGCUGACUUUGGGAUGUGCAAAGAACACAUGAUGGAUGGAGUCACGACCAGGACCUUCUGUGGGACUCCAGAUUACAUCGCCCCGGAGAUAAUCGCUUACCAGCCGUAUGGGAAGUCCGUGGACUGGUGGGCCUAUGGCGUGCUGCUGUAUGAAAUGCUGGCUGGCCAGCCUCCAUUUGAUGGUGAGGAUGAAGAUGAGCUGUUCCAGUCGAUCAUGGAGCACAACGUCUCYUAUCCCAAGUCCUUGUCCAAAGAGGCCGUCUCUAUCUGCAAAGGGCUGAUGACCAAGCACCCAGCCAAGCGGCUGGGCUGUGGGCCCGAGGGGGAGAGGGACGUGAGAGAGCACGCCUUCUUCCGCAGGAUCGACUGGGAAAAGCUGGAGAACAGGGAGAUCCAGCCACCCUUCAAGCCCAAAGUGACUUUCUGUACCAAAAUGCACUGGCUUCAGUGGGCAUCCAGGCCUUCGUGUGGCAAAGGAGCAGAAAACUUUGACAAGUUCUUCACAMGAGGGCAACCCGUCUUAACACCGCCAGAUCAGCUGGUCAUCGCGAACAUAGACCAGUCUGAUUUUGAAGGGUUCUCAUACAUCAAUCCCCAGUUUGUGCACCCAAUCUUGCAAAGUGCGGUAUGAAACUCACCAAUGACAGCAAAUGCCUCCCCAGCCCUCAGCCCUCCCAGCAAUGGGGAACAAUUCUCAACCCUAAAAUUUUAAGGCCAUGGCCUUGUGUCUUAUUCCACACAGAGGCCUGAAAAUUGUAGGGUCAUUAGUCCACAUGGGGUCAACUUUUCAGGGUCUCUCUACAACCAAGAAAAUUAUCUUAGUAAAAGAUGACAUAAUGUACAGUAUCCAGUUUAAUUAUGUAGAUGUCACAUCAGGGUGUAGGUUAACCCUUCCUAGAAAGCAAACAGACUCUUGMCCCUUUUUUUUGGUACGACUUGAUAUGUUCUCCAUACCCUCCAUCUGUGGAUUUUCACCAUCAGGAUCCCUCAACCAGAGAUAUUCAAGUGAACUACCCAGCCCAAUGUGUUGAAAGCAUCUUUUCCUACGAUGUCUUUGGAAUGAAAGGAUAGGGAGCCCAGAGGGUGAACAAAGAGGGAUCGGGGGCGGUAGAAGCUUCAAGAUACCCACCACUUUUAUUCUCUGCCUUGAUGGAAACAGUCCCUAGAAUCUGAGAGGCCAGGAUGAACCUUAUCAUUGUUCCCAAACAUCAUGACCCAAUUAUGGUCCAGCUGUUUAAAAAAGAAAGACAACUUCAGAUGAGUGUUGGGUGAAUCUAUCAUCCAUUACCCAGUUGGUUGAUAACUGUCUUGAUACUUGCAUUCUUCUUAAGAGGCCAAAUCAUCUAAGGACUUUGCUAAACAAGCAUGUKAAAUCAUGUCAGAUCAAGGAUAAACCAGUGUGUAUGUAUGCUCAUUUUAAUCUCUGGGAGAUUGUUCUUCAAUCCAGGGUGCCAUCAAUAACCAUGCCACUACUCAUGAGUGUUGUUAGCCAACCCCCUCCACCAAUAUUUUGCUACCUAUGUUGUCACCCUUCCUAAGAAGCUGAAGGUUAUGCCCUUUUGUACUUAUUUAUUUAAUAGGCUGCUGUGUCAUUUAAGAAAGUACGAUGUAUAGUAACUUAAUCAAGUCUUGAUUCUAGAAUCAAUCCCUACUUGUUGGUUUUCCUGCCUUCUCUAGCCCUAGACAUUCACUUAGAGAUGAAAACCAAUAUGGUUUGGGUUCCCAUUUCCUAUUGAACGACACACCUGGAGCUAUAGAAUCAGGAUGCCUGGAUGCUUAUCAGCUCAAAGAUGUUUUCUUGCUAGAAGGUUUUUAGUAUGUUUUGCAAAUGCAUCAUGCAAUGGAUUUGCAUGUUUAUAAUAAACCUUAAUAACAAGUGAAUUAUAUUAUUGAUAUAAUCUUAUCAACUAUAAARAGUAUUAUAAUAAUUUUAUAAGACACAAUUGUGCUAUAUUUGCGAAGGGUCAUGUUUCUAAUCUGCUAAUUUUAUGAUUAAGUUUUAGCUGAAUUCUUUGAUGCUGUGCUUCCUCUCCCCUCCCACCCCUGCACAUUGGCACUGUAUCAGAUAUAUUAAUUUUUUAAUAUAGAUCUAAUUUCAAAAAUGAAUGGCUAACUUUACAUGUUUAAUUAGGCUUUUACUAUGUAUGUGUAUAUAUUUAUAUAUAUAUAUAUAUAUGUAUAUUUGAUUCUACCUGCAAACCAAAGUUUCGUUUGUGGGAUUAUUUUUGAGAUGAGACUCUGUCUUAGCUUCCUAAUGUCAUCUUCUGUUCAGGUACUCCCACCACUCUUCCUCUUGGGGAUAGCACAAAAUGUUUGAAUCCAGGAUGUCUAGUAUGUUUGUGUACAUGUGGCAUUAUGGCAUUGUCACAGUACCUGGACUGACUCUGUGUGUGUGUGUGUGUGUGUGUGUGUGUGUGUGUCUGUGUGUGUGUGUGUGUAUAUACGUGUGUGUGUGUGGUUUUUCCUCUCAGCCUGUGAUUGUUGGAGACUCUGGGCUGGAGGGAGAGGAGGCCCCCUUCUUGCUGCAUAUCUGGCCACAGCAAAGCUGCUCCCCUCAUUUGCUGCCCCACUGUUUGCUUCAGCACAUAUAAAACUUCAUGAGACAAACCAGGUGUCAGCCGCUGAGCACAGCCAUCCCCUGAAGCUACCACCAGACACUUUUCAUAGGCUGCACAUUUUCUUCCAGCUGUUGCUAGAAUUGGCCAUUCAGAUCUUGUGCACCUCUCUGGCAUGACACUCUCCUCAUGCAAGGUCCUCAGGAAAGCCAGCCAGUCAAAUGGAAGUAGGUAUUGGUCCUUAUAGGAAACUGCUGUAUUUCCUCUCUGAAGCAUUUCUCAGCUGAGCUCCCUCAUUUUUACUCUYUGGAUGUUCACACAACAUAUAACCCCUGAGGGUCUUUGAGGUGAGAGGCCUGAGCUCUGUUAGAAACCCUGAUUAGAGGGAGAGAUGAAGUAGGGAGUGGGCUAGACCAUAAAAUAGCAGUUUCUUUUGCCAUCUUUUAUUAAUUCCAGACUUCAAAACUCAGAAGGGUCCUAGCUCACUGAUCCCUGAAGUCCUGCUCGUCAGGGCAUAUUUUGGGACAUGUCCUCAUCAAGGUACCACACUUGGUCAAAUGGAAAAGGAACUGGUUCAUAGAAAGCCUAGGAGAAGACAGGUACAGUGUAAUCCCGGUGACUUAGAAGACUGAGGCAGAAGGAUCACAAUUUUGAGGUCAACCUAAGAAACUUAGCAAGACCCCAUCUCAAAAAGAGCUGGGGAUGUAGCUCAGUGGUAGAGCACCCAUGGGUCCAAUACCCAGUACCAAAAGUUGUGGGGGGGCCUAGGAGACAAAAGGGCUGGUCUCCCCUGCCCCAGGUGGAACAGGAACAGGGUUGGUCCCCACACAAGACAUGGAAAGGAGCACUGCGGUCAUAGACCAUCAACCCAGUGUGCCAAUCUGCCUGCUUAUUGUAAGAAAGCAGAAAGCUAGGGCUCUCCCUCAUGUGAUUCUAGCAAUUCCUACUUCUCUAGGAAACAUAUUCAAACUCUUGGUGGCCUCUGUCCUUAAGGAAUGUGUGACCAUUUUCAAAGAGAGAACCCUAAGCAUGGUCCAGCAUGUUGCCUAAGGGACAGCAGACUGGACCUGGGGGCAGAAAAUGGUAAAAAUUAGGGCUGAAGCAGAAUUCAUGGUGUGGCCUGUUUUGUGUGUGSUGAACCUAGAUAAAGGCCAAUGCUUUCAAGAUCUGAGCAGUCCAGGACAGUGAUUGCUGAAAGACUAACUCAUGUGGAUAGCUACUAAUAACUGUUGGGGACUCUAGGAAGAACCUGCCCCUGAGCACUUGCUGGCCUAUAGAGAAGAAUCUAGCACAAAUGAUGUCUCUGCAGGAUCGUCAUGCUGAGACCCCAAAAGGCCAUUCAGAUCGCUUUKCUUUCUCUUCCCUUGGAAGGUGGCCGCUGCUCAGUGGCAGAACUUUCCUGCAGCUGCAGGCCAGUGGGCUGGCUGCCCUGCUUUUGGCACCAUGUCAGAACUUACCCAGUGCUUGGUUUGAGUGGAAGGAGCUGGACUAUGCUGCCAGGUGCAGCCCUCGGAGGUCAAUGGGAGGCCCACCUCCAGGCAGGAACUAAUUCAAAAGGUAGAUGGGAAACCCAGAAACCCAAACGAUUGUACCCCACCCCACUGCCUCCUUCUUGGUCCCUGUGGCCUCGUUUGAGCUAUGCAGACUCACCGUCUGCCUUGGCUUCAUGGGAUGCAUUAGGCUUUUCUAUGAGGAUUUGUGGUAGAAAAGCAGGUGGUGGAGAGCUCUCUGGAAGCCUGGCCUGAGAUGGUUGGUUGAAAGAUUAUCRUAGACAGAGACUGACACAACCUGGCCAAGGAUGGUCAGUCACCUCAGAGCUAGAGUUCUUAGCCAAGUACGGUGACUUGCCAGAGUGAGGGUGCUGACCCUGAGAAAGUCACCCACUGACGUGGCCUGGAGAGAACAGAGGGGUUGCUGGAGGCCGGAGUCGGCCAGGGGUUGGGAGAGAGCAGGGUUUGAGGGCCUCGGGGAGGAGGUGUGCUGUUAGAGCAGAGGAGCUGCUGCAGAGGCGUCGGUUCAGAUGGGAGUCUAUCUGCUGCUCUCUGAGAGUGUGUUCUUUGCCAGGGACCCAUUUCGUUCCUUCUCAGAAAACAGCUCCUGAAUGCCCARGACAUCCUCACCAGCCACAAGAGGCCCCUUUCCGCUCGACCUUGGGCCACGCCAACCCUGGCAGCCAGCAGAUUCCCUCCUUCUCCCUCUGUGRCUUCCUACUGAGCCUCAUGGCAGCUGAGGCAGCUGACAGCACAGUUGCCACCUGCUUCCACUUAGCAGGGGAAACAGGAGGCUUCCUAUUUUUUUUGGAGGGGAGGUGUUUUCUCAGUGCUAAAGUGGGGGGAAGUGAGAGUCUUGUGUUUUUGAAACCUCAGGAAGGCAACACCAUCUGACAGUCAUUUUCUCACUUUGCCCUCGUGAAGUUGUCUUUCCCUGGUAUGUGCACAUCACACCGUCUCAGCUCCUUCAUCACCUCCAAGAGCAGGGCACUGCUGCCCCUGGGCACGCCAGCCAUGCUCCUGAAAUGGAUGGUGAGCCAGGGGCCAGGAAGGACGAUGACCAGGAGAGUUGGUGACAGCCAUGGCAGUGAUGAGGGAGGAGAAGGGCACCCUGGUCAUUAGUGGCUAUGCACAAAUCCGACAAGGAGAGUCAGAAAGAUUUUUCUUUUUUAAAUCAUUUUCCUCAAGCCACUUGGGCCAGAGUUUAUGAAAUACACAGGACAGUCCCCAUUCCCAUCGUGUCCCCUUGGGGCCAAUACAGAAAAUCUAGGGGAUGCUGUGUAUUUCUGCUGUAGGAAAAAUAUAGGAAAUUGGAAAAGGUUCCCUGAAUUGUACGUGAAUGAGGCARUCAUCUGGAAACGGAGCCAACUCCAAACCUCUUGAUUCUAUGAUGUCAGRGUUAUUGGGGAGGGACGGAAUUGUGCUGGACUCUGUCCCUUAUGCCUGCCAUUGGUGUGAUCAGGUGUCAUUUAAGAACUGGAAGUUGCUCACAGUCAUCAACAGCCUUACAAUGACCCUACACUAAAGCCCACAAUUUYCAAAGACUUUUUUUAACCUGAAGGAAGAAAUGAAUUUGUUAAUUCCAACAGGGAUAACUGAAUAUACUGGGCUCUUUGUACUUUUUUAUAAUGAAUUUUAAUAACUCAACUCUUCUUUUAAAAUGAGUUUUUAAAAUAAAGCUACUAACAAUUUCAAAAAAAAAUUCAAGUUGGAGUCUGUAGGAAGACUCAACCCAGGUCAGAUAGAGCACCCCUGACCUGCAUUCCCACUGUAGGAUUUUCCCAUGCUGGUGGGUAUGAAGUCUGCAAGUUCAGGUGGAACUUGUUGGCAGGCUGAGGCUGUUCUUAAUCGAUACUGGGUUUAGAUAUUUUUGAACUGUAGGAAAGAUGUCUUAUUGACCGMAUCCAGAUGCAGCCCUGGGAUAUCAUUCCUGGGGUCUCUGGGACCCCUUUGCUUGCUCUUUGAGGCUCAGUGACUACAUUUUAGCAGGAGCAGGGGGACACUUUCUCAGCUCUAUUCCCAGUCCCCUCUGGUCCCCGGUCUCUUGUGUUUGGUGAAAACUCAGAGAUUCCCUGCAAAGGUUUGCCCAUUGGGCAAUUCAGAAAAACUUUUAUAUCACAAGGAAUAAGAGGCAGCAGCAAAUGUGCCCACUGGCCUAUUUUCACAUUUAUUGCAUCUGUGAAUAGGCAGAACCCCACUUUUCACAAAAUAGGUAUCCAGUCCACUUUAUAAGAAUCUCUUUUUCUAAAAUGAGACAAAAGGUGGCUUUGCAUUUUCUGAUUAAACAACCAUGUCUUUGCUUAACUUUAGGAAUAUCAAUGCCUGUGAUUGUAGCUUCUUAUUGAUUUUCUUUCUGGAAGAAUGUGAUUCUCUUCUUGAGGGGUUUUAUUGGACUAAUCAAAACUGUACAUGAAGGCAGUUACUAUUUUGAGGCUAAAGGUUUUCUAAAAAAAAAAAUAACCUCAUAUUCUUACUAUUAGAGUCUUUCAGAAUCUUUUAUAGAUGAUCARAAACAUUUGAAAUUGCUUUUCCUACAUGAUUGGUGUGCGUGUGUGCGUGUGUGAAGGCCAUGCCCUGUKUAAAUCAUUAAUUGAAAAAAACAUCGUCUGAGACCCCAAAUUUGUAGGGAGGAAGAAAUGGAGGUUGAGGGUUUUCCUUCUGCGUUAAGCACCUUCUGACAGAAUACAGAGGCCGUUCGGCUGUCGACUAGCGUUUGGUUCUACCGCAGGUGAAGUGGAUGUAUAAAUUAUUGCAUUGCUCUCCUCGACUCGUAUAACCUCUAAUCUUUGUUUGCAUGACAUGCUUUGUUAGAUACAUUAAUUGUAGUUUGGAAGCAAGUGUGUAUGAAUAAAGGUAAUGAUCAC